UUGGCGCUUUUAGCUUGACGCUGCUGCUUGUGUUCUGCUGGAGGAAGGAAGGGAUUUACCUCGUAUUGUCUUUGGAUUAAUAUCUUAAACUUGCUCGAGCGCCCACUUCGGAGGUAACACUGGGAUCAAACUUAAACUUUGUUUUGUCUGUGUCACUGGAAGCUGUGAAGAACCAACAGGAAUAUCACGUUUACUGCUUCAAAGUUGCAGGUUUAGCAGAUCCACGCUGUGGUGAAUAUAAUGUAAGGCUUGACUUGGUGCAGAUGCAGGAGGUUAGCGAGGCCUGCAGCCUGGACGAUGACAUGGUGGAUGGAGACCUGGGUGACGGGAUGGGAGUCAGAGCAGCACCCAGCUCAGUACCCAGCUGCUACAGGAGGAAGAAGAGCCAGAGCUGUGCUGGGCUCACGGAGACCCUGCUGUCCAGAACAGAGCUGCUGAGGAGCAGUGGCCAAGCAGGAGAGGCAGCCUGGAUCCCCGGACUGAAGACUGCAGAGACUCAGCAGAGAGCCCGCUGGAAGCUGCCACACUCCGCAGGCUCCCUGGAUGAUCUGUCCAAAGACGAGCUGAAAGACAGACUGCAGGAAGCAACUGAGGUCAUAGAUGUAUUAUGCUGUGAGCUGGAGGUGGCACAUCGUUACCUUGAAGGCAAAUAUGAAGCUCUGAAGAUCUUGCAGGGGAAGACCAUUCUUGACAAGGCCACGAGUCACACUAAGAGUCUGCUGCAGAAAAGUGAGGCGAGGGCCAAAGCUCUGGAGAAGGAGGUGAACAGCUUGCAGUGGGAGCUGAGCUUCAGCCAGGUCCAGAUGAAGAAGUCUCAGCAAUCCUGGGAGCAGAAAUACAACAGAAUUAUGAGUGAGAACAAGACUCUGACUGACAGCCUGCAGGGAAGAAAGAGAGAGAUGCAGCAGCUCCGGGCAGAACAUUCCGCUUGUGGACAGCAGUGCUUGGAGCUUCUCUCCAUGUUGAGUGUAAAGGAGCAGAGAGCUUACCAAGGAACUAAACCUCAAUACAGCCCCGAGAGAGACGGCAGUGUUCUGGAGCUGGCGGUGUUGGGGGCCUGCCGCUGUCUCUGUGUUGCUGAAGCUUGUCCAUGCAGUCGGACUGCUGCAGCCAGCAGGAAGCAGCUCGUCCAGCUCCAACAGGAGCUGGAUGCUCAGCGUUUGAGGAGAGAGGAGGCGAUGAUGGUUGCAGAUGCUUUUCGCAUCGCCUUUGAACAGCAGCUGAGGAAACGCAGCGAGCACUUCCUGCUGCUGGCUGAAGCCAACACUCUGAAAGCUCAACACUGCAAGGCUGAAGGUGCUAACAGGAGUCCUUUAAUGAGUGUAAGCCAGAGGUUGAGAGGACUGCUGCCUUCCAAGAUGCCUGAUGACCUUUUAGAGACUCUCUACAGACUGCUGGACUUGCUGAAUGACAAGGAGGAGGCUCUGGCCCACCAGAGGAAGGUGAGCAUCAUGUUGGCCCACAGUGCAGAGGAGCUGCAGAGACAGUUACAUCUAGAUUCACAAUGCCGGCCAUCAGACCCAUCACAGAACCAGAGCCUGUCCCAGCACACAUCGGACCCAUCACAGAACCAGAGCCCGUUCAAGCAGACAUCAGACCCAUCACAGAACCAGAGCCUGUCCCAGCAGACAUCAGACCCAUCACAGAACCAGAGCCUGUCCCAGCAGAGAUCGGACCCAUCAGAGUCUGAGAGACAAGCAGAGCAACAAGCAGAACUGUCACAUCCCCAGCUUCAGCCAGGACAAGCACCACGUCUGUCAGAGUCCAGGACUGAACUACGGGAGCUGUCAGAUCCAACACAGUCCAACAUCCGUCCACUAUCCAACCACAAGAGCCACAAGUCUGAAAUCCAACCAGACUCCACAGCACGUAGGAAGACGUGGAUGUAGCGUCUGUGAUGUCACAGGGACUGUAUCUGAAGGAGUGCUUUGGAAGCAUAUCAUUUGGCCUGACCCAGCAGCUACUGGAGUCAAAACACCCAGAUCCUCAGAGAGGAAGGGUAGUAGAGCUGAGGUGGGACGACCAGCCCCACAAACACCUUCACCACAUCUCACACACACUCUUUACGACUAGAUUCAAAUCUAGUCGUAAUAAUAAUAAGCACCAAGCAUAUGAAUGUAGAUAUGAAUAUCCAUUAUCAAUUUCCCAAGCCUUGAGAAGAACUUGUUAAUGUUAAUGGUAUAAAAUGUUUGUCCAGUCCUGAGUGAAGAGUGUAGGAGUGGGAAGGGUCCCUGUUCGUGUCUGAGGGGAGCGUCAAUCACCAUUGAGAUAGAACUUGUACUUUAAAAAUCAAAGAGGAAUUACACAACUGCUAACAUGCUGUGACUUGUUGUCUAUUAAGUUCAGCAUUUGUUAUAUUAUACUAUUUUUCUGGCACCACUUAUAAGCCUGUACUUUUUAUUUAUUUAGUGUAAUUUAAAAUCUUUCUUAAAGAAUCAUAUCUUCUGCUUUCAUUCUGAAAUGCAGAUCCUGAAAGCCUUUAAAAUGGUGAGCAAGGUUCUAAAUGAAAAAGCCUUUCUGUGCUACAAACACUUGUAUGUCCUCCAUAAUCUUUUCAUAUUGUGCAAUCUAUUGGACACACGCAGCUUCUUUAAUAACCAAGCCUCUCAAGAUGAUAUAUAAUCCUGCUAUUUCAAUUUUGGACAGGGAGCUGAUGAGAUUAUGUUGUUGAGAAACUAAAUAUGUUCAGAUUUCAUGAAAUGUGUGAAUAUUAAACUAAUAAUGCGACAUAACUACAUUCAGCUGCAGCUCAGAUUUGGUGUUUUCCCUGGAUUGACAUCUCGGUUUACUUGCAGUUGAAGAUCAUGGGAUAAUUAUUUUAUGGUCAUGAAGAUACAUAAAAACGGUAAGACUCAUGACCUCGACGGCAUUUCUUCAUCAUUUCUUUAUGUUUUUGAAAAACUCUGUUUACGAGUCUCUUCAUAAAGCACAAGUGUUAGCUUUUAUAUAGACAGCACAGCGAUCCAGUCGGUCUGAACUAAAUGUAUUUACAACUACAUGAACACAAGUGUGUGUGUGAUAAUGAUAUAUUGUUUAUGGAGGUUCUUCACUUACAUCGACACACACACACACACACACACACACGUUUACUGAUACAUGACUGGAUGUAGAUUACUGUAACGUGUUGCUUAGUGCAACAUCUGGAGAGGUUGUUCUAAAAAGGUGGUGCUGUUUAUUAUUUCUCUUAGUGUAAAGAUACUGAACCAGGAGCAUCUACUUCAGGACAUUUGAAGCCAAAGUUGAAUUUACAAAUGUUUGCUUUCAUGUGUCACCUGUCAAUCCAGAAAGAUGUCACAAGAAGCACUAAAGAAGAAUUCUUAUCACAAGCACUAAACCUUUACAACGACGCACACAACUCACAUAUCUCUAACUCGGCUCAGCCUGUGUGUCCUGUUUAUUGAACCCACAACAGUUCACACAACAACUAUGUCCAGCACAAAUGGUCUUACAAUACACCUCAAAUGAAUAACGACUCAGAAUAAGAAAUUAAAUAUGAGUACAAAACAA